AUAAAUAAAAUAAAUUUGUAAGACACUUCGCGCGGAAAAAAUCUCUAGUUUUUAUAAAAGUAAAUAUAAUAGAAUCUUGAAAUGUUUGUUACAAAUAAAAAAAAAAGAAUCUUGAUAAUUUAUUUAUAAGAAAAAAGAGACUAUCAAAGAUGUUUUUGGUUUGUUAACAAAAUGCAUAACACUGGAUUUGAAUUCGAGAAAUGAUAAAACAGCAAUACUAACACAGGCCACUAAAUUAGAAGUCCUAGUAAGUAGUAGAUAUUACAUUCCAGUUAUUAUUUUAGAUAAACAUAUGCAUGGAUGACCCAUCAUCAUCUGUCAAAUGUCGAUAUCUGACUUUUUAUGCAGAACUAAAGAUUGGAAAAAUUCUUGGUAUGUCCCUUACAAGGCUUAAUUUAGGGAAGAAAGUCUUCAUUUUCGAAGAAAUGAUAUACAAAUAAACAAUGAACGAAGAAAAUGCGAAAAAACUUACAUACAUGCAGUUACCAAUUAAAAGCUGGUGCUCAUAAUAUGUAUCCUAGAAAAAUACACUUACCAGAUAAUAAUAAGAAAAUGUUUUUUUUUUCUAAACUAUAAUUUCCCUGGAAUUGUAAGUUUGGCCCUGACUGAGUUUCUACUCGACUCAUUAGUGGACUGUGAGUUUGCUAACUAAAACAUCCAGUGAUGUUCAGUGUUUUACAAAUUGUUACUUAUAAUAAGUUAUUGACUGUGGUGUAGAUAUCUAUAUUCGCACCAUAAAAAAAGUUCUACAUAGCGGGGACGGUUUUAUGUAAAUGUUUGGCAUUUGCAAGCAGUAAGCCUCAGAAGUUACUAAGGGUGACUCCAUAAGUUUUUUUCUUUUCCCUGAGUCAAGAAAAACAAAUACGGGAGACUUUCGUUAUGUAUAGCUUUAAAGAAACGGUAAACUUAGUUUGUUGUCAAUGCAAAGUGGUCAUUUGUUUACCGCCUAUCAUAGUUGCAAUGUACUUAUUGUAGUAUAAAGUUCAGUGUUCAAAGGUUAGCAUUUAUUUGCUUAGGGAAAAAGGAAAAAAAAAAUAGAGUUCAAAAGAAUAGGAACAUUAGCAUUUAAUAUCAUAAAUUGUAGUAGUUUUUGACCUUCCAUAAAUAGAGGAUGCAAAUUAAACAGAAUCUGUGAAUCUUCAACACACAGAGAUCUCUCUCAACAGUUUCUCCUCUAUUCUCUAUCUCUCGCUAACUGCAUUCAUGGCGGCAACUGGAAGAUCAAGAACUUCAUCAGUCCUAUGUCCUCUCUCUUCUCCUGAGACGUUACUCAAUCAUCAUCAAAGAUCAUCCGCGUCUCUUUGCAACAUCAACCUCUGUUUGAAGAGGUUUUUUCCCGGAAACACUCCAAAAACCUCCGCUGCGUCCAAGUGUUUGUGCUCUCCUACGACGCACCCUGGGUCGUUCCGGUGCGCUUUUCACCGCCGUUUAGAAAACGAGAAGAACAGAACCCUAAAUUCACAGGCGAAGCUAAACAAGUGUGGUAACACGACAAAGAACUCGGGAUUGAAUAUGAGAAAAACGGCGUUGCUGAAUUCACUCGCGAGGAUCGGGAGUGUGGAGGCAGACCGGGUUAAGAAAUCUUUAGCGGCGAGUAUGGUUAAACCGUCGCCUCUCCAUAUCAGUCGCCGGUUUGAUUUCCGGCCACGACCUAGCCGCUUCUACGCAUUGCGCAAAGAUCAAGAUUUAAUAUCUAGUCGACUUUGACCUAUUUCUUGCGUACGAAGGAAGUAUGUUUUGGUUAAUGAAAUUUCUGACUAGACUACACAUCACUGUUUUUUUUUUUAAUAAUUAAAUAGAGAAACUUUACUCUUGGUGUAAUGUAAUCAGGGGAGUCAUAAAUUCUGAUGACUUAUAAAAUAAAGCCUUAAACUAAACAAGUUUCUAGUUCAUGUCUGACUUGACUUUCCACUUUUGGAAUGUCUGACUGCGAAGUUUCUAGUUUUUGCAUAUACAAAUGAGAUACAUGACUAUGCGGGGAGAAUGUUUUCUUUCCAAUAUUGACCAUGUUAUUGCCAAACACAUAAAAAGAAAAAAAAAGAUACUGAGAAUAGAGGAUUCAGAGUUUUGUCUAUACAGUAAUGUUAGGAUUAAGAUAUUUUUAAUUUAUACAGUUAUUAAUUUACAAAAAGAAAUAUUUUUUGAAUUUUCCAUUUUAGAAUAUAUAUUUUUUAUUUUAAAAUAGUUUAUUUUACCGUAUAUGUAUUUAUUAAAUUUUGAAAUUUGACUUUCAUAUUAUUUUUAUUGUAUUAUUUACUUUAUAGAAAAUAUGUUUUAUAAAACUUAAAUAUGUUUUAGAUAUAAUUUUACUAAAUAUUAACAAAAUUACAAUGAAGUAUUAAGAAAAUAUAAAAAUAAUUAUAUUGUAAAUAUAAAGCAAGCAAUACAUUUUUUUCUUUGUAGUUAUCUUUGUAGUUAUAUAAAUGUAAAUAGAUAAAAAAAAAUUAUUUUUAAUUUUAACCGGACCAUAUAUCUAAUUCUCUAAUCGAUUUGUGUCAUAUUUUGAACCGGUUCAAUUUGGAACCGAACUUUUCUAAUUAAUUUAUCAUGUUUAAUUAUUAAUUAAUAGGUAUGAUUCCUGACUAGACUACACAUCACUGCUUAAAUUUCUUUGUUUUAAUAUUUCAUAACAAACUUUACUUUUGGUGUAAUGUAAUCAGAGGAGUCAUAAAUUCUGAUGACUUAUAAACUUAAAGCCUUAAACUAAACAAGUUUCCAGUUCAUGUCUGACUCGACUUUCCAGUUUUGGUAUGAUUGACUAUGAAGUUUCUAGUUUUUGCUUAUAAAUGAGGGAGAUAUAAAUAUGCGGAAGGAUGUUAUCUUUCCAAUAUUGACUAUGCUGUCAUUUUCGUUGCACACAGAAGAGGGAAAUAAAAGAUACUGAGAACCGAGGAUGGUUCAGAGUUUUGUCUAUAUUCAGUUUUAUAUUUCUGGAGAAUCGUAUCUCAUUGUCACAGACAUGAGACAUGCAUUAUAUAGUAAGCUUUUGUAGAUUUGAUGAAACCUGAGACUUAUGAAUAUAGUAGCAAGGUCCAUAUCUAGCAUCGAUCCUUUAUAAAAAAAUACUAGAUUUUGACCCGCCCUUUUUUAAGCGCGGGUAUUUUUUUGGUGACCGUAAACUCAAAUAUUAAAUAAAUUUAUGUUUAUUAUUAGAUAUCUAAAAUAUUAAAAAGCUGUUUUAUUAUUAUUAUUAUUAUUUUAGUCCGGUACAAUGUUUUCAUUGAGUUUUCAUAUCCGAAUCAG